GCCCCGCGGUGCCCACUUCGUUGUGAAAGGCUGUUUUCAUUGCACCCGGCACCGGAUGAUUAGACACCGCAUGAGAUUCGGAAAUGUCAGGCACAUAUAGACAACUCCCCGAAUACCCACCAGACUCUCGCUCAGAAACCGGACAGCCUGCCUCUUGGAUGUGUUGCUCCGUCAGGCGUUGAGCAUUUCGAUGAGAUUUGCAGUUAGGGCAUACAGGCGGAACCGGGUCACGUACCAGGACCCAGUGACGAGUGGAUCAGGAGGAAGUGGCUAACGCUGCCUCUCUUCAAUUUUCAUUCAAGCCCCUCUCUUCGUGGGUCCGUCCUUGUUUCGAUUCUCCCAGAUCCCGGCAGCAGCGCGGGGGGAGGGGGGUUGAUAAAGGCAAACCAACAAGGCUGUAAAUCAUCCUGAACAAAGCUUCGGUGGAUUGAAGUGUGAAGUUGCUCAGCUCAGUUGCAGUCAGUGGUUUUAUUCCCCCGGGGGUGGAAGUGUAGCCCCGCUGGAGGGAGGAAGUGCAGGAGCCAGGCAGAUGGAAGUUGGGGAAAAGCAGCAUGUUCCCCGGGAAAGCUCGCUCUUGCCGUAGGCUGCGCUGGCUCCGGGCGCAGCCUUCUCUCUCCGCUAGCUGGCCGGAUUAUGAUGCACCAUGGGCUGGUGCGACCCCGGAGUACAGAUGCUCUUCACCAUGAUGGGCGCCUUCGCAGCUUUCAGCCUGAUGAGCAUCGCCAUCGGUACCGAUUACUGGCUGCACUCGCGGGCUUAUAUCUGCAACGGCACCAACAGCACGACCGAGGAGAACCAAGUGAAAAAGGAGAAAGGGGCCAUGAUCCACUCGGGUCUCUGGAGAGUCUGUUGUGUGGAAGGUUUUCAAAAAGGAAACUGCUUCAGAAUCAAUUACUUCCCUGAAGAUGAUGAUUAUGACCAGGAGGGUUCAGAAUACCUUUUACGGAUUGUCCGCGCUUCCAGCUUAUUUCCCAUCCUGAGUGCCAUACUACUGCUCUUGGCAGGGCUGUGUCUUGGAGUUGGUAAAUUGUACAACAGCAAGACUAACAUUAUCCUAAGUGCUGGCAUCUUAUUUGUAGCAGCAGGACUGAGUAACAUUAUUGGGAUCAUUGUGUACAUAUCGAGCAACACUGGCGACCCCUGGGAUAAGAACGAUGAUGACAAGAAGAACCUGUAUUCCUACGGGUGGUCUUUCUAUUUCGGGGCUUUGUCCUUCAUUGUAGCGGAAAUGGCGGGAGUCUUGGCUGUGAGCAUCUACAUCGACAAGAAUAAGGCAGCAAGGAGCAGAUCACACCGGGAAUACCUGAAGACCUCCUCCUCGCCCUACGCCAGGAUGUCCAACUACAGAUACAGGCAGAGGAGGCGAUCCAGGUCUGGCUCCCGGUCCGAGGAGCCCUCCCCGGCUCGGGAAAUCUGCGCUGCUGGCAACAUGAAGGUGGUGAGCACCGUGGUGCCGUUGAGCGAGAUCUCCAUGUACACCCUUUCGAGAGAAACCAGCAAGCCGCCAGUCGGAGCUGCCUACCUCCCGGAGCAGGAGGAGAGUUUCCUCCAGGUGCACAACUGCUUCCAAAAGGAUGUGAAGGAGGGAUUCGGCAUGAACACGAUGAAUAGGCGAACAACGCCAGUCUGAGGCUGCCAGGUUUGCACCCCACCCCCUCACCACACCGACUCAUUUCACUUUUCCCGUCCCGUUGAAAGUACAAUUCAGCGGCGAAGUCUACAGACCAAGAGUAGGGUAUCCCGCCAGUCUGGCUCCUCUCUACCAAUGGGUCUUGGAUUGCCGGCAGAUGUCGGACAAGGCGAGAAAUGGAAGGGGUAGAGGGACAAAGAUUAACGGAACUGUGCGGAACGGGCAGAGGAUCAAGUCCCCGGUGUCUGCCAAAAAAUCCCAUGGAACACCGAGAACAUGAGACACACCUGUCUCUGUACAGUUGGUGAUAAACGCAACUGUUAACGUGGAAUUAACAUUUUUUAGCAUUAAUAUUCACUCUUACAUCUCAUUCAACUGGAAUGCCAAGGUCAACGACUGUUUAACCGCUAGCUGAAAUUUUCAGCUUUAACCCUUAAAUGCUGCAACGAUGGGAAGGUCCGAUUAAACCACUACUCCCCGUGAAUCUUCGUUUUCAUCGUCAGCAUUGUCAGGCCCCGGUAUCUCCGCAUAGAGUGGGACAUGGCGGAGGGGUGCCUUACCCAGUCAAUAACUCCCACCAACAUUCCCUUAAUCCUAUCCACUUCCCCGUUAAGGAUAUUAACCUGGACGUGCGUGCAAUGGAACUGACAAUGUAUAUUUGUACAACAAUUCAGAAUAUGAAGAUCAGCGGCAUAAUUUGAUGGUUCAGGAAUGUUCAAAACUCAUUACAACCGCGAGCUCCGAUCAGCGCUCACAUUGAUUGAUGUAUUGGACAAAACCUCAAUGUCUUCAUUGGUUGUGUUUUUCGUGGCUUUCCCUCCUCCAAAAUUUGUCACUGUAAAGGUGUUAAAAGGUAGAGCUGUGUGUACAAUACUAAACCUGACCGAUAAUUAGAUUAUUGUGAAACUAGGAGAGGAGACAGAGAUCCUUGUAUGUCUGGCGCAAUGUGCUUGGGCUCUUGUAAAGUAUUUGUGAUAAUAAACUAGUUUCUGGA